CUAUAAUAAUAAUUAACACAUAAUAAUGUCUAAUAAUAAAGAACAACUGUGUAAUGAAGAUGAAACAAUAAAAUAUGCCUCUGAUUCUUGUUCAUCAGAUGAUUCAUCCAAUUCGGAAGAAUUUUAUGAUGCACCUGAAGUUAUUCCAUUGGAAUUGGUCAAUGAUAAUGACAUUUCUAAACAAAUACAAUCAAAUAAUAACAACACUAAUCAUCCGGUAUCAUCAUUGAUGGCCGAUAGUGGCAUUUAUUCCAUGAAUUCAAGUCAUGUUGAACCAUCUCAAUCACCUGCAAUCAUGGAAACGAUUGAAAACAAAAUUGAUUCUAUAAAUUCGUCGGAUAGAAUCAAAAAUGAAUCUUUAAUCGUUGAGCCCUUUUCAAUAUUAGCACCACUUCCUCCGCCAAGGUCUAGAAAAAAGAAAAAUUUUAUCAGAAAAACUAAAGCUUCUGAUGAACUUGGCGAAACAAAUACAGGCAAUCAUUCCUCAGCCGAAAGUCAAAGCGUCACUAAUUCCAUUGAAUCUGCUACACAUGGAUUUCAAAUCCAUGGACAAAAUUUAUCCAGCAUUCUUGAUGAUAUUGCUAGUAUAAAAGGUGAUUUAAGCAUAACUGAAUGUGAUAAACAAAGUGCGUUCCAUGAUGAUAUUAUGGCUAACAAAGCAACAGAAAAAAAAUUGAGUAAACAAGAUUUCAUUUUUUCUAAAGAACAGCUUGAAGAAAUUUCAAGAAAUUUAAUCACUAAAGACAACAAUUUACCAAGUCCUAGUAGUAGUGGCAGCAUCAAUGCUCCUGAACCAGAAUGUUUAAUGACUGAAAGCACACAAUCAAGCGAUUCGAAUCAAGUAGUUAUGAUGAAUACGGCCAAUAAUGAAGAAAUACAACAUAUCCAAUCGGAUGAUAUUAUGCCCAAAUGUUUAAAUCCAUUGAGUUUACAUCUGAUGAAGCUGACUAAUACAGAAAUGUCCAACACUUCAAUGGAAAAGGAAACUUCAUCUACAAGUUUAGCUGAUUCAACAUUCAAAAGUGUAACAUCAUUGAUUUCUUCCACAUUGAACGACAUGAAAAUCGAGAAAAAAGGAACUCUAGACAAAAAGAAUAAAAAGAAAUUAUUAGAUUCAAUUGAAAAUGACGAUGAAUUUGAUAUUAAUGAUGAUGAUGACGAAUAUGAUGAGUAUGAUAAAAAUUAUAGUGAUUAUAAAGAUGGAAAAUUGAAAUCAAAAAUUCGUGAUUUAAAACGUAUCGGUUCUGGUCUAAUCAAAGGCGUUAAAGGUGUGAAAGCUACAUCGGCUAAAAGACGUUCCACAUUUCAUGUUGAUCCAAAUGAAGGUGAUAUAAUACCGCCUGCACCACCACGUUAUAAAUUAAAAGUCAAUCACAAAAGAGGAAGUGCUGAUUUUGAAGGAUUAAAAUUAAUACAAGAAAUCAAUGAUUGUAAAGGAGCCAUUUGGUGUAUGAAAUUCAGUAAUUGUAGUCAAUUAUUAGCAGCUGCUGGUCAAGAUCAUCUUUUGAGAGUUUAUUGUUCGCAAAAAUCAUGGAAAUAUUUUACACAAUUACGAAACAAAGCUUCUGGUCAGCAUGUUUCACCUAAUUCUACUAGAGAACGUAGUUCAAAUGGUGAUUCUUUUGGUAGAAGCCAAACACAAAAAUCAUCAUCAUAUUCACGCAAUGGAAGUCUCAAUACCUGUGAUUCGCACAACAAUUCAUCUUCGUCAUCUAAUUCAUCUGCAUUGGCAAAAGAAUUCUAUAAAGAUGAAGACAAUACCUUGUCUGAAGAAGGUCCAUUACUACUUUUCACCAUAUAUCGAGGCCACACUGCCGAUGUGUUGGAUUUGGCUUGGUCAAAAAAUCAUUUUCUUUUGUCAUCAUCGAUGGACAAAACUGUACGUCUUUGGCACAUCACUCAAAUUGAAUGUUUAUGUACAUUCAGGCACAUUGAUUUCGUAACCACUAUUCAGUUUCAUCCAAGAGAUGAUAGAUAUUUUCUAAGUGGUUCACUUGAUGGAAAAUUGCGUUUAUGGAAUAUACCGGAUAAACGAGUAACAUUAUGGAACGAAGUUCCAUCAUUGUCAAGCCAACGAGGUAGUGGUGGAAUUAAUAAUGCUAGUGAUUCAGAUAUGAAUCCAUCACAUGGUCUUAUAACAGCAUCAUCGUUUGUUCAGAAUGGAAAAUUUGCUGUAAUUGGUACCUAUGAUGGUCGAAUAAUUUUUUAUACAACAGAUCAAUUAAAAUAUUUCACUCAGAUACAUGUGAAUAGCAAAAAUUCGAUCGGUUCAUCAGCUGGCCAGACAGGUGCAGGUACUAGACGAUUCCGUACGAAUAAAGUAGCCGGUAUCGAAAGUAUUGAUGCUAAUAAUAAAAUAUUGGUCACCACUAAUGAUUCACGUCUUCGAUUGUAUGAUCUUCGUGAUUUGUCAUUAACAUGCAAAUAUAAAGGCUGCAUUAAUCAAUCUAGCCAAAUUAAAGCAUCUGUAUCGCAUGAUCAUAAAUAUAUUAUUUGUGGUUCUGAAAAUAAUUCAUUUUAUUUAUGGCGUACCCAAGAUAAUUCGACCAUUGGUCAGCGACGUGAUCGUAAUAAACAAUAUGAAUGUAUACGUUUGUUGAAUAUACCAUUACAGCAAACGAUUCCAUCUGCAGUAUUUCCAGCUACUACUACAACAACUACAACUGAAUUAUCAACUUCAUCCGGUGUUAAAAAUGAUUCUAACAAUUCAACUUAUACAAUUCCUAACCAAUCGGAAACAACAAAAGAAGGUAACACAAUCAUCAAUAAAGUGAACAAUGUUGAAUCAUCAUCAAUGGCUAAAUCAAAAGAAAGUUUUGAUCUUAAUAUUCAGCAGCCACCAUCGAUAGCAUCAUCGUCAACAUCAGCACCGAUGGCUAAAUCGAUUGCAGCCACCAAGAUUGUUACAUCGGCCAUUUUUGCAUCGGUACCCGGUCAAAUUGAAGAAAAGGCUCGUUAUAUAAUAGCUGCUGCAGAUUUCAAUGGAUACAUUCGAAUUUUCAGUAAACAUUAAUUUGAUAACAAUUUUAAAUAAGUUUUUAUUUACAACAAAAAAUAAAUUUUAUUUGACUUUA